GGCUGUUAGUGGCAAGAUAAAAGGAGCAAAUGUCUCUUGUCCUGCUUACACACACAAACUCACCACGUGCCUGUCUGUCAGUCCGUCCGUCUGUUUGUGGACGCCACCAUCCAAACACCACUGCUGGAGCUCUCACCUGAAAUUUGAUAGCAUGGAUGCAGCAGAGUUUCGGCGCAGAGGGAGGGAGAUGGUGGACUAUAUAGCAGACUAUCUGGAGAACAUAGAACAGCGACCGGUCUACCCAGAUGUGGAACCAGGAUAUCUUCGUACCCUGAUCCCCACUGAGGCCCCGACUGAACCUGAGAGUUAUGAGGAUAUUAUAAAAGAUGUGGAGAGAGUCAUAAUGCCCGGGAUCACCCAUUGGAACAGCCCGUACUUCUUUGCCUACUAUCCUGCUGCUUCCUCGUACCCUGCCAUGUUAGCUGACAUGCUGUGUACAGCUAUUGGGUGCAUUGGAUUCUCCUGGGCUGCAAGCCCAGCCUGCACAGAGCUGGAGACCAUGAUGUUGGAUUGGCUGGGGAAGAUGCUGAAUCUGCCUGAGCAUUUUAUAGCUGGGACUCAUGGCCAUGGAGGAGGUGUCAUCCAGGGCACAGCUAGUGAGGCCACCCUGAUGUCGUUGCUCGCUGCUCGCUGUAAAGCCGUCCGACAUGUCCAGGCCUCAAAGCCGGAAAAAUCGGAGGGUACCAUCAUCUCGGAACUGGUGGCAUACACCUCUGAACAAGCGCAUUCUUCAGUGGAGCGUGCGGCUCUUAUUGGAGGAGUGGUGAUGAAGAAGGUUCCUACAGACAACAACUACGCUGUCGGAGGAGACACGCUUAAGAAGAUGGUGGAGGAGGACAAAGCUGCUGGACUCAUCCCUUUCUAUUUCUGUGCGACUCUUGGCACCACACCAUCAUGUGCUUUCGAUCGCAUCACUGAGCUGGGGCCUUUGUGUAAUAAAGAAAACAUGUGGAUGCACAUCGAUGCUGCGUAUGCUGGGAGUGCUUUUAUCUGCCCUGAGUUCAGACCUUUGCUGAAUGGUGUUGAGUUUGCAGAUUCUUUCAACUUCAACCCACACAAAUGGCUUCUUGUCAACUUUGACUGCUCUGCAUUGUGGGUGAAGAAAAGGGCAGACAUCAUCGGAGCCUUCAAGAUGGAGCCACUCUACCUGAAACAUGAAAACCAGGAGUCAGGGCUGGUCACAGAUUAUAGGCAUUGGCAGAUUCCACUCGGAAGAAGAUUUCGCUCGCUGAAGAUGUGGUUUGUCUUCCGUAUGUACGGGCUGUCAGGCAUACAGGCCCACAUACGCAAGCAAGUGGCCCUGGCCAAGGAGUUUGAGAGUCUGGUACGAGCAGACCAAAGAUUUGAGAUCUGUGCUGAGGUCAUCAUGGGACUGGUCUGCUUCAGACUUAAGGGCUCCAAUGAGCGGAACCAGAACUUGCUGAAAAGGAUCAAUACAAACAGAGAGAUCCACCUAGUGCCUUGCCAGCUCUCUGGCAGCUUUGUGCUGCGUUUCGCCAUCUGCUCUCGCGCUACCGAAUCACGUCACAUCGAGCAGGCAUGGCGGCACAUCACACAGAUGACCUUUGAGCUUUUACAGGAGCCCAGCCAUUGAUGAAACCGCUCAUAGUCCACUGGUGCCGGAAUGACGACCAAAGUCAGGACUAAGAUUUAUUUUGCAGAUGUUAAAUGUCUUAAAGGGAAAGAACAACUAUUUUACAGCUCACUCAACAGAUGUUCUGUUGUUUGCAGACGAGUAAUCCAGGCUUAUCAAUCUUUUGAUUUUGCAAACUGAUGUUGGUCAAAAUAAUCUACAACAAUCCAUAAUAAGUAUAAAUAUGAAUUUUGCUUGCUACAAAAUGUUUCCCCACAGUGAGAUGUGUAUGUCAUGUCCUCCUUACACCAAUCCCCUGUUUGUCUUUGCUGCUUCUGUGUCUUCUUAGUUUUAAUUUGGCUCAGGGUCUGCUAAUAGAUUUAUGCUAAUUGUUUUUAUUGUAUUUAUUGCUGCAAUGAAUGUAAUUCACAUUGUAUGUGUAAAAAUCUUUGAGCCAAUGGUGGCUUAUUUUUUGUGGAUAUGUUUAGUGAAAUGAAUGACAAAGAUAAACUCUAACGUCUCUUAUCUGGAUAUAAUGUUUAAUGUAAGAGUGGCUUCAUAAAAUGAGAUAAAUAAAAUGCUCCCUUAUCAGGCUGAA